CCCCACACAACCACCCCGCCCUCCUCCACCACCCUAACCCCUCCGCCCCCACACGCCUCCCUGCAUUCCACUUCCACCCCAUGGCGGCCAUUACCACCACAACCGCGUCCUCCUCGUUCCUCCACCGCCGUAUCUCCUCGUCACCAGCAACAACCACCACCCCGCGUAGCCACCUAGUUCCCUUCCACGCGCGCAACCGGUGCCACCCCAGGCUCACCUGCCGCGCCACCGAUGUGUCCGGGGCCGAGCCCUCGGCGCCACCGGAGACCGGACGGGGCAGCAGCUGGGUACCUGUGGUGCCGCUGGCGGCACUCCCGCGGGGAGAGCGCCGUGUGAUCGUACAGGACGGGGAGGAGAUCCUGCUUCUCUGGUACAAGGAUGACGUCUUCGCCAUCGAGAACCGCUCCCCGGCCGAGGGCGCGUACACCGAGGGUCUCCUCAACGCCAAGCUCACGCAGGAUGGCUGCAUUGUUUGCCCAUCAACAGAUAGUACCUUUGAUCUUCGCACUGGGGAAAUAAAAGAGUGGUAUCCGAAAAACCCUGUUUUAAGGGCUUUGACACCUGUAUUGAGAAAUCUAUUCGUGUACCCUGCAAAAACGGAUGGAGAAAAUAUAUACAUCAGCAUUAGGGGCGCUUCUAGCUCUGGUGGAUCAGCUGAGAUUCUGUUUAGUGGGAAAGCUCAACCAGGGAGUACUGCAUCUGAUGUCAACAUCGAAGAGGUGAGAAUGGUGGUCGAUGAAGGUGUAGGUGGUUUUGGUUUCACUGCUUACAAUGAACUGGUCAACGGGAAAGCUGCCAUAAUUGGCUUUCUAUUGUUGAUAGAUUUUGAACUUUUAACUGGUAAAGGUCUUCUCAAGGGGACUGGUUUAUUGGACUUCAUCUAUGCAAUUUCAAGAGCUUUCAGCUCGUAAAGAUGUUUUUUGUUUAGUGUGGAGUGUUAUCAAGGUACAUCGCUACUCAUGUAAGUUUAGAUUUUGUUUGUGUACAGUUGAGUACACGAGCAAUUGUAAGUGAACAUUACGUUUGCCCACAAAGUAAGGAAUACAAGAUAACUUCUUCUA